AUGCUGACGAUUGUGUCAGCCAUACUGGCCAGGUCCCUGGUCGAUCUAUCGCCGUCCAGCAUCGGGUACAUGGGUACCGUGUUCCCCGAUGACCACGCAACUUUGGCAGGCCAGCCGUUCUCCUUGCAAGAGUACUACGCUAGUUGCCAUGCGAACGGCUCCCUGGUCCUACUCUUCAUGCCGAUCUCUCGCUCAAGCCAGAACAUCCUGCACUCGAACACUCGUUCGGUUUCAAUCUCGGUCGCGGACGCGCAACCGGAUGCGAGCCGUCCUCGUGUUUCGCUAAUAGGAAAUGUGACUGUCUUCACCGAUGCCGCCUGCUACAUUGCGAAGCACCCGGAUGCCCAUCGCUGGGUUCCAGGCCCCGGAGACCUCAUGUGGUGCGCGAUUUAUUACGUUGGUGGCUUUGGGGACCUCCAUUACAUUGGGUACAUACCCUUGGGGAUGUACCAGGGCGCAGGUCCCUCGGGCAAUGUGGCCGAAGUCGACACGCCUUUGGUGGUGCAAUCGACAUGA